UUCAGAAUAAGAAGUUUUAACCAUAAAAUCAAAAUGUUGUUUAAAUCACUAAUUUUAGUAUCGUUUGCGUGUUUCGUAACAUGCUACGAUCAAGAGUUUGCCGACUUUGACAAGUUUGACCAGGCGUCUAUUCUGGCAGAACAGGCCAAACUCAUCAAUGUCACCAUUGCUAAGCUCCAGGCGCUGAGCAAAAAGACAUUUGGUUCCCUUGACAUCCUCGCUAUGAUUCGCACAAAUAUAAAGACAAUGGACACUAAUAUGAUGAACUUCGCUAAGAAGCUGAGGGAUGAGGAGCACCUGCCGGUGGUGUACGAUAUCUUCAACAAAAUACAUCACGCCGUCUAUGACUACGGUUUCUACAAAGCGUUGGCUGAGAUCCCGUUCAUUAGCAACAAAACGGAUCAGCCCUUAGCCACUGGUAAAUUCGCGGUCACAUCUGAGGUGAUCAACUGGAGGUGCAAUUUGGACACUAAGAGACGCGCCGUUCAGCCAACCGUUUGCAAGGAUGAGGCCGGAGGUAGGGCCGACUGGAAGACUCAGACCGACCAGGUUCAGGCCACUCUAGUCAAACUGAUCCCCACAUUGCAUGAAUUGGGAAGUGAAUACUGGGCCACUCAGCACCAGAGGAUGUUGGACUUCAUUAAAAACAAUUUGCCUGAAAUUGACUCUGCGGUCAACUCUGUGUCCGACUCGGCCACCCGG